AUGAAUGAGAUUCCAUAUGCGUCUGUAAUUGGAUCUAUCAUGUAUGCCAUGUUAUGUACUCGUCCAGAUGUCUCGUAUGCUUUAAGUGCAACGAGCAGGUACCAAUCUGAUCCCGAUGAGAGUCACUGGAUAGCUGUCAAGAAUAUCCUUAAGUACUUGAGAAGGACUAAAGAUUCAUUCUUGAUAUUUGGAAACAUGGAAGAGCUUGCGGUAGUUGGAUAUACCGACGCUAGUUUCCAGACAGAUAAGGAUGACUUCAGAUCGCAAUCUGGUUAUGUGUUCUGCUUAAAUGGUGGCGCUGUAAGCUGGAAAAGUUCGAAGUAAGAAACAGUUGCUGAUUCUACGACCGAGGCCGAGUAUAUUGCCGCAUCAAGUGCAGCAAAGGAAGCUGUUUGGAUCAAGAAGUUCAUAAGU